AUGUUCAUCCUGACCAAGAUCGCCGACCUGGUCGAGAUCGCGCCAGAGGACUUCCGCAAGAAGAGCGUUGCCGCCAUUGAGGACAACAUCAACGCAAAGUAUGCGAAUAAGGUCAUUCAGAAGAUUGGCCUCUGCAUCUGCCUUUACGAUCUCCUAUGGACCUCGGAAGGUCUCAUCGGCCAUGGCACGGGUCUUGUCAACGUCAAUGUCGAGUUCAGACUCAUCGUCUUCAGGCCCUUCAAGGGUGAGGUUAUGUUUGGCAGAAUCAGAAGUUCGACGCCGGCUGGUAUUAACCUGAGAACCGACUUCUUCGACGACAUCUUCAUCCCCUUUGAUGAGCUUCCCGAGGGUGCCGAGUUCAACCAUUCGGAGCAGCUGUGGAUCUGGAACAUUGAGGGCGACAGGCUUUUCUACGAUAACCAUGAGAUGGUCAGGUUUCAGGUCAUUGACGAGGAGUGGCACGACCAGACGCCUGCGGGCCCGAGUCAGGGAGAGGAAGCUGCACCGCCCAAGCCGCCCUACAAAGUAAAGGGCACCAUGGCCAUGGAGGGUCUCGGCGUGUGCCUCUGGUGGGACGGACAGGGCAGCGAGUAG